GAUAAGGAAUCCUGCGGUAUAUAUCCGCCAAGGUCAAAACCCUAGGGUGUAUAUAUAUAUAUACAUAUAUAUAUAUACACAUAUCUUUCUUCUUCGCUCGCUCGCACUUACGCCUGAUUUCGUCUCCGAGCUUCAUUACGAUAUUCAACGGUAUUGCCUGAAAUUUUCUGAUGUCUAGUCAAAGGAAUAGUAAUGGGAAGAGGUCGUAUUCACAGUCUGACCAUGGCGACCAUGGAGGAAUUAAAAGAAGGAAUCCCAGCGGUGGUGACAGAGAGCAAUUUGCUAUUGGGCAAGAUGACACUGUAUAUAGAUACCUUUGUCCUGGAAAGAAGAUUGGAAGUAUUAUUGGAAGGGGUGGAGAGAUUGUUAAACAACUCAGGGUUGAGACUAAAUCAAAAAUUAGGGUUGGUGAGAGUGUUCUUGGCUGCGAUGACCGUGUUGUUACGAUCUAUAGCGCUACAGAAGAAACCAAUGAUUUUGCUGACUCUGAGAGUCUUGUUUGUCCAGCCCAGGAUGCACUCUUUAAGGUACAUGACAGGGUUGUUGCUGAUGACUUGACUACUGAACAAGACCUUGGAGAAGUCCCAAAUGUUACUGCUCGCCUUCUAGUAUCAUCUGACCAGAUAGGGUGUAUUAUUGGAAAAGGUGGCCAGAUAGUUCAGACUAUCCGAAGUGAUACUGGUGCUCAAAUUCGAAUUUUGAAGGAUGGCCAUUUGCCCACCUGUGCUUUUGCCUCUGAUGAACUUCUUCUGAUAUCUGGUGAACCGAAAGUGGUUAGGAAGGCUCUGUAUCAAAUUGCAUUGCGUCUUCAUGACAAUCCCUCUAAGUCUCAGUGCAUGCUUGCUUCUGCUGUUCCGAGUGUGUAUGCCUCCAAUGGUCCAUUUGUAGGCUCGUCAGCUGGUGGCCCAAUUAUGGGUUUAGCUCCUAUUGUGGGCCCCUAUGGAGGGUAUAAAGGUGACAGCAGAGACUGGCCGCAUUCCGUUUAUCCUGCACCUAGAAAUGAGUCAUCUGCAAUGGAGUUUUCUCUUCGUAUGAUUUCCCCAACUGCCAAUAUUGGUGGUGUCAUUGGCAAGAGUGGUGUAGUAAUAAAACAAAUUAGACAGGAAUCUGGUGCUUCCAUCAAAGUUGAUAGCUCAGGUGCUGAAGGAGAUGAUUGCAUUAUAUCUAUCUCAGCAAGAGAGUACUUUGAAGAGACAUUUUCUCCAGUUGUUGAAGCUGCACUGCGUUUGCAACCACGAUGCAGUGAGCAAGUUGAAAGAGAUUCUGGUCUUAUCUCAUUCACAACUCGUUUACUUGUUCCUUCCUCUCGAAUUGGAUGCCUCAUUGGAAAGGGAGGAUGCAUAAUCACUGAGCUAAGAAGAAUUACUAAAGCUAAUAUUCGUAUACUUUCCAAGGAGGACCUUCCCAAAGUUGCAGGUCGUGAUGAUGAGAUGGUUCAGAUUACUGGAGAACUUGAUAUUGCAAAAGAUGCUCUUAUACAAGUGACUUUACGAUUGAGGGCAAACCUUUUCGAUAGGGAAGGCACUACACUUGUGCCAGUUCUUCCCUAUCUUCCCAUGCCCGGUGGGGAUGCUUCAAAAUAUGAAAGCAGAGAUAGUAAAAGAUCUGGACGUUCUUAUUCUGGAGGAUACGGGGGUCCAAGUGAUUUACCUGCUAAUGGAUAUGGCAGUUAUGGUGGUUUCCAGAGUGGUAGCGGUGGUUAUGAAGCCUAUGGCAACUAUUCCUCAGGACGGUCUAGUACCUCUGGGUCUGGGUUCUCAGCCCCAAGCCCUGCUUCUCGACGUAAAAGUUAUGGAUACUAAAUCUAGAGUGUGGUUGGUGGCAGGGGUUCAAAAUAAGAUUAUGCUUGUUGCUCUUGUGCCAUUUUCCAAGAUCUGAAGGAAAUUUGCAUGACAAGAUAAGAUUCAUCUGAAAGUGUACCUAAGGGUUAGUUUUUGUCGGUCUGGUCCAGUUCCGAGAUGUAAGAUGAAUUGUAAGUUUGUAUACUUUGUGGCUGCUAUUACUUUUAGAUUUAAGUGCGAUUUAUGUUUAAAUUAUUGUCAGGUUAAAUGGAUUCCAACUUAUCAUAAGUGCUGAGAACAGGUAACACUUUCCAAUUACUUAUUAUGUUGAGUGCUCAACUAUUUCUGCACAUAUAUGAAAUUUAUUGGUAAGUACCUUUUUUUAGUUAUAAUUAUUUUGAACCAUUGACAAUUUUGCUUAUUCUUCCUUACCAAGGGGGAGGGUGCGUGCAUUAGAUGGAACUGAGCUUCCAACUCCCUUCCCACCUUUCUGUUCUUGACCUCAUGUUGAGACCAGUGUUGAGUAGAAGUUACAUGCUAGGAGGCCAAGAAGAAAGGUGGUGAAGAAUGUCUUCUUUCUUUCUGUAUAAAAGCUUGCUGUAUUUAUAAGAGCCUAUUUGGAAACUGGUAUUCUCUUACAAAGUUGAACUGAAAUUGAAAGUGAUAUUUUUUUCCUGUUGAUAUAAUAUUCAAAUUAUAGUAUGAUUUUUGUUGAUA